AUGAAAUGCCUCACAUUCUGCGACCAACGGCUAGGACAUCCCAAGCAAUUGGAUAUGUCGUACGUGCCGUGCUUCGAUCGCUUUGAAAAUAUGAAGGCGUGCUUCUGGCACGAUCUAACCCGCUAUUACCGGUCCAAAAAAUAA